AUGACUGCUGUGUUAAAAAAGAGAGCUUUAGCAGAGUAUAGUAAAUCUUUUCAGGAUGGACCACCUACGAAAAAACUCCACUUAGUUAAGAAACCGCUGAUUGGUAGUUCAGCAGCAGCAUUUGUUGGGCUUUUGGAGAAGUGUAAAUCUAGUGAUGAAGCACUUCAGUUGCUGCUCCGUAUAUCGGACUGCUUACAGUUCCAGGAGUCUGAUGUGGAAGAAGCUAUCAAAAAACUUUCUGAGCACUUCCAGUCUGAAGAAGAUUCAGUUGUUCGAGUGAAAAUACUUUGGUUGUUUUGCGACAUCGGGUUGGAAUGUCCUGGGGCAAACCUUAAUAAUUUAAUCGAUGAAACUAUACAUUUAAUAAAGAAUGAAACAUCUCAUAAGGUCAUAGCACAAGGUAUAGCAACACUAAUAAAACUUGGCAAUAAGUUGACUGAUGAUAAAAUUCUCAUGAUGCGAUUGGUUAGUGUGGCCAAGGAUAAUCUGAAAGAUACAAGUCACCAGGUGAAGUGUCGGUGUUUACAGCUCAUUAGCGAACUGUACCCUAUAUAUCCAGAGUCAGAAAGAACAACAGACAUGACAGCAGAGGCUAAUGCUAUUGUCAAGUUGCUUGCAGACUAUUCCAAUGCUGAGGAUGCAAGGGUACGCUGUGAAUCUUUUCAAUCACUAUUAACACUUGAUGAAAGAGGGCAAACACUGAGUGCAGAACUCUAUGAAAAUGUGUGCCCUGCUCUCUCUGAUGACUAUGAGAUUGUAAGAGAAGUGGCCCUAAAACUAGUAUGGUUAUUGGGCAACAAAUAUCCUGAAAAUGUAACAACAUUACAAGACGGCGAGACAACCAUGCGCCUGGUGGACGACGCGUUUAUCCGCAUCUGUUCAGCUGUGAACGACCUCUGCAUGCAGGUGCGCGCGCUGGCCUGCACUCUACUCGGGACCACUCGCGGAGUCUCCGAUCGCUUCCUGUUGCAAACACUGGAUAAGCAACUCAUGAGCAACAUGAAGAAAAAGCGCACUGCUCACGAACGCGGGGCAGAACUGGUGCGGUCUGGGGCUUGGGCGAGCGGGCGACGCUGGGCGGACGACGCGCCCGGCCAGCUGGUGGAGCAGGACGACGUGCAGCUGCUGCCAGGCGGCGCCGCCGGAGCGUUCGUACACGGGCUGGAGGACGAGCUCAUGGAGGUCCGUACGGCAGCCGUUGAUGCCGUCUGUCAGUUGUCUAUGGAGAACCCCGUGUUCGCAACCACUUCACUAGACUUCUUAGUGGACAUGUUCAACGACGAGAUAGAGGACGUGCGCCUGCGCGCCAUAGACAGUCUCACGCGCAUCUCGCACCAUAUCGUGUUGAGAGAAGACCAGUUGGAGACUAUACUAAGCGCAUUGGAGGACUACUCUAUGGAUGUGAGAGAAGGUCUGCACAAAAUGCUGGGAUCGUGUACAGUUGCAUCUAAAACUUGCCUCGAAAUGUGCAUCGACAAAAUUCUAGAAAAUCUCAAGAGGUAUCCACAGGACAAGCGGUCUACGUUCCGUUGCGUGCAGCGCUUGGGCAGCUCUCACGCGACGCUGGUGCUGCCGCUGACAGCACGCCUGCUUGCCGUGCAUCCAUUCUUCGACAUGCCCGAGCCGGACGUCGACGACCCUGCCUACAUGUGCGUGUUGAUCCUAGUGCUGAACGCCGCCCAACAUUGCACGACCAUGCUGCCGCUAUUCGAGGAGCACACGGUCAAGCACUACACCUAUCUACGGGACACGAUGCCACACCUUGUCCCGUAUCUGCCGAUUGGUGAUGCGCAACAGUCAAACGGCGAGAGAAUAGAGCCUACGGACGACAGCGCAGUACGCCGCUUCUUCGACUCUGUGCUGCAGCACAUCGAUAACACCACCCUAUCUAUCAACGUGCGACUCAAGAUGCUGCAGUCGGCUGAAGAGCAACUCAAUAAGUUGUCAGAGAUGGAGCCGAGCGUGUCCGGCGCGGCCAACUUCACGGCGUUGUUCGCUCGCAGCGCGCGCACUCUGCACGAGGCGCUCAACUCCAGCACCGGCCCGCCCGUGCACGCGCUGCAGCAGCUUACCGCCGACUGUCUCAGGUUACAACAUCAGUUCAGCGGUGUGACCGAACAGGAGAACGCUUGCGUGUGGCAGUUAGCGUUGAGGGUAUGUGCGGCGCGUUUGUACGGCGCUGCGACAAAUGCUGCCAUAACCAACAAUAACAACAAUACUACCCACAACGCUACCUGUACUGCUGCGUUGUCUGCCGCUGCAGCUCUUACUCAUCACGCUGAACUACUCGACAGAAUGCUAGCAGCCGCAGGUGUAGAGCCGGACCCGUUCACGAUAGCGGUGUUCCAGCAGCUGUCGAUGAACGCGGACCACAAGCCGGCGUCGUUGGCGCGCGCCGUCAUGCCGCUGCUGCAGGCGGCGCCGCUGCCCGUCAUACCCAAACCUAACCUCGGCAUUCGCAUGUGCACGGCCAGCAUAAUCGAGCCGGCGAGCGACAACGACACCGUUCUACGCUUCUGCGCCGGCCUCGUGACCAGCGUCGCGUUGGAAGCUGAAGUGUGCCGCGUGCGCGAGCCGAACGCGAUCCGAGUGCGCGUCGCCUACCCGGACCGACGCGUGCACGCGCUGCGACCACCGCGCGACCACUUGCGGCCGCUAGACCACCAUCACAUCAACGAGGACGGCACACAGAACGUGCGCCUGCUGACCAAGGUGCUUAUAUCGCACGGCGUGUGGACGGAGCCGUGCGGCGUGGAUAUGUCCGUGUGUCUCGCCGUAGAGGAGGGCGCCGGCAGGGAGCCCGCGCAACUUGUCGAGCUGUGCCGCCCUGUGCGAGUCACCGUCGCCCCUAAGCCUAUCAAGCGUGGAAUUUAA